CGCAUCACAGUCAGCGCGCCCAGCCUCACCUCACACGCCCCUGGCAUUCGCGACCGGCCGACGAGACGGAGCUCCGGCCUCCAGCCUCCCCCGAGCAGAGCCGAAAAGGCCAAACAGAGCACGCGAUUUUACAGCCCUGCCCCGCGCGGCCCCCCCUCCACCCGCGCAGAUCUUUUCUCCUCCCCCUCCCCCGCGCCCCGCGCCGAUCACGCCACCGAUCCGGCCCCUUCCCGGCGGGGCGAUGGAGGGGGAGGAGCGGCGGCUGGCGGCGUCGCUGACGGCGCGGUACUCGGAGUGGGUGCUGGAGGAGCUGGACGAGCUGCGUGGGAGCUUCCUGCUCACGGACCCGGCCAUGCCGGGCCACCCCAUCGUCUACGCCUCCCGGGGCCUCGCCGCGCUCACGGGCUACCCGCGCCGCGAGCUGCUCGGCCGCAACGCGCGCCUCUUCCAGGGCGCCGCCACCGACCGCGCCGCCGUCUCGGGCGUGCGCGAGGCCGUGCGCGCCCAGCGCGCCCACCAGGUCGCCAUCCUCAACUACCGCCGCGACGGCUCGCCCCACUGGGUGCUGCUCCACCUCGCGCCCGUCUUCCACGCCGCCGACGGCCGGGUGCUCCACUUCCUCGCCGUCCAGGUGCCCAUCGCCCCCGCGUCGUCGCCGCGCCGUCACCCGGGCCGGCCCCCGGCGUUCGCGGCGUGCCGGGAGGAGGCCAGGGGCGAGGAGGAGCUGCCUUGCGCCAGCCACGUAGGGGAGGUGUUUGUGGAUAUCGAUAAGAGAGGUAUGGAGACAAGAAGAAGGCUGGAGGCUGAGGAACCGCGUAUAGCUAGCGGCUGUGACAAAGAGAUGGCUCUAAGCACAGCAAACAGCAUCUUCUCUACACUGAACCGCUAUAGCAAACUAACUGGUUUGGUGGUUUGUGAGAGGAGAUGUGAUUCUGUUGGUAUCCCAGCACUCAGCUCUUCCUUAAAUCUCUCCCUCGGUAGAAUCAAACAGAGCUUUGUAUUAACUGACCGCCAUUUGCCUGACAUGCCGAUAGUCUAUGCUAGUGAUGCCUUUCUAUCAUUAACAGGUUACUCAAGAGAAGAAAUAUUGGGCUGUAACUGCAGAUUCUUAAACGGUCCAGGUACUAGUGCGGAGGUUUUAGAGGAGAUAAAUCGGCAUAUCUGUCGUGAGGAGGCUUGCACAGUGCAUUUGCUUAAUUACAGGAAAGACGGAAGUACAUUCCGUGACCUGCUACAUGUGUCUCCCAUCCGAAAUUCAUCGGGCAAGGUUGGCUUACAUCCUUUUCAGGUCGCAUUUCAUGUGUGGGUUCACCUUGAUGAGAGCGCGAAGCAUGAUUUUAGUGGGUUGACCCCUGAGGUAUGGCAGCUCGGUGCUGUUGGUGCUGUAAGAGUUGCAGUUAGAAGCCUGUCUGCGUCAGGUAGCCUGUUGAGACCGUCCCAAUAGCGUUUUUCUGGUUUCUUCUUGAUUUUGUGCGACGUUGACUUGCCAAUGUUUGUAUGUAAAGUAACUGCUUAGUGAAAGAGAUUAUAGUGCAUAUCAUGGGAAAAUGGCUGGUAAAUACAUGAAGUUGUUGUGAAUUUUGUAAGUACGCAAAAUGAAGGAAAAUUGAUAGGGGGUGGGGGGUGGUAGUAGUUCAAUAGCUCUUUUUUUUUCUUGUCGAAAAGGGGACUACCCCGGCCUCUGGCAAACAUGGGGAGAGUAUGGUCCAUAGUGUCAAAAAGGGCUUCUAUAAUGCAAAACAUGGUCCAUUUGAUUUA